GGACAGCCCGGAAUAAAAUCCCUGUAGCACCGGGAGGCGGAGGCAUUACGGCGUAACACCGGGGACGGUAACCAGGCAACACCUGAAACGUGGGCCGGGGCGUCAGGCAGGAUGUUUAGAAGAAGUGGACUGGGGAGUUCUGCCUUAGUAAGAGCCCAGGCCCAGCUCUCUGGGCAGAGAAUAUUGGAAAGCUUCAAUGUCUAUGGAGAUGAACUUCAGGACUAUAUGACUGUCUGUAAGAAAAACAGUGCCCUGAUGGUCAGCCCUUUCAACAAUGAAAUCAGUGACCUGAGUGAUCUUUCCAUAGAGGACACCAUGGAAAGGAAAUGGAAAAGAAAACAAUAUGCAAAACCUGCAGCCACUACAAAGCCAGCAGAAGGCAUCAGUGAGCAGCCAUUGACUUCUAAUCGGUUCUUGAAGAAGGCAGACAAAUUGGCAGUAGCAAAGAGUCUGAAAGUGAGCAGUUAUGCAUUGAAGGCUGAUGAAGCAGACACAAGAAGCCUUAAUGCUGCACCAGCAAGGGUCGGAUCUUCCAAUGCUGUGCUGGCCAGACUGGCACAAAUAGAAAACAAAAUUAUGAACCGAAAACUGAAUAAACAUCGGAUCAAUUCUGAUGAAAAUUUGCCGGUGUCUGAUGAUGAACAACUUUCCCCCAAGUCAAGUACUGAGCUAAGUGGAAACGGGAGCAGGUUUUUGAAGAGAACGGUAAAUACUGCAGCAAAACAGGAGUGUAAUGCUGAAAUUCAGAAUAAAGAGGUGGGAUCUUCAAAAAAAGACCAGCAUCAAGCACAUCUUAGUACUCCAGUCAGAGUGGCUACAAUUGAUAGCGAUGAAGAAGAAAUGAAAAAGAUGUUGGGAGGCUCCCUUGAACUCUCUGAUGAAAGUGAACUUAUUAAAAGAUCACAAAGGACGCCACCACAUGGUUCCAAAUUGCACAAACAGUCUGUCUUGAGAAACUAUCCAAGGAGCCAUCUAAGAAUGCCUUCUCCACCCAGUGUGGGCUCCCCUCAACUGAGUCUGUCUCCAAGAAUGAAAUUUGUAAAACGUAUCCCAACUUCCUCAACUGAACGAAGUGAGAUUAAAUCCCUGGAUGAGCUCUUUACUGAACCUUCUGUUGCUGAGGAUGUCGGAAGCCUUGACGAUGAAACCUCUGAUGAAUUCAGACUAAAUAUCUUGACUCUGGAGGAUCUGGUUCCAGCUACAGAACAAAAAAGUAUAAAAAAAUCACCAACUUUGAAGAAUGAAGAGAGUCAGCACUUGGGUGAUCAAAGAACACAGUCGGCCUUUCACAACUCAAGGCUGAAUAUGACAAAAGAGCUUGUCAGUCCCUGUCCCCAACCCACUAAACUUUCAAGAGAGGAAGAUGCAAAUAACUUGGAAAAUGAUAUCUGGACAGAAUUUGAUGCAACUGGAAGUGAAAUCUCUGAAUGUUUAAACGGAGAUUCUAAUGUGUCAAGGAAGGAAAGAAAGUCUCCAGGGAAGGUGCCUGAGCAAUUAGAAGAGCAUGAUCAGAGCACUCUGUGUUCCAAAUACUCAGAAGACUUUGAAACUUCUAACUGUGAAGUAUCCUCAGCAAAAAUGGACCAGGAUCAAUCACAUUUUGAGCAGUCGUCUGAAGAGGAAUCAAGGACUGAUUAUUCUGAUAACACUUUCUAUUCAACAUCCUCAUCCCCAACUGCAGACCAGUCCAAGUUGGCCACCUGCACAGAAUCCUCCUGUUCAGAGAGAAAAGUGCAAAAGUCCGAACUAUACAAAGUAACUGUAAAAGAUACAGCAAUACAGACACAGCCAUCUGGUUUUCAUUACACCUGGCACAGAGAUGAAGGUGUGGCAGUACUUGGAGCAUCUCUUGGGGCUGCAUAUGUGGACCCUACUCCUAUUGCCAGUCACGUUAUCAGUCCUGAGGCAAUGGAAGCACUGACUGCAUACAGCCCUGCCAGCUUAGCUCUGAAUGACAUGCUGAAACAACAGCUCGCUCUGACUCGCCAAUUUAUGCAAGUCAAUCGACAUCUGUACUUGUCCAUUGUGGCCUCACUAGAACAGGAUAAGUAUUAUUACACAACUUUGGAAGAAACUAAAGAGUUUGUCAGAAAUCAUAGAUCACCACCGCUCACCUUGGAACAAGCGCUGAAGGAGGUGCAAGAUGAAAUGGAACAAUAUCACAACACGUGAUUGCCUGAUCUGGAAGCAAAUACUGAACUGCUAAUGACGGAGAGAAGAGCAACUGCUGCCAAGCUUGGUACUCAUAUCAAUGUUGCCCAGUAAAGCAAUCAGUGCGAUCCUGCUGACCUGUUAAUGCAGGUUUUCAAACUCUCUGUGUAAAUCCAGGUAUUUAAAUCCUGCAGUAAACAUAUUUCAAAUCUUUGCACAAAUUACAAGCAAAUAUAGCUGAAAAAAUGUACAGAAUAACUCGCACACUUUGUGCAAGCAGACUGGUUAUCCCUGCAGAGGCUGCUAAAUUUUCAGUGUUUUUGUACAAAUAAUUGUCAAUAAGCUGAACAAUGUUCACUCAUUAAAUGUUUUUAUUUUAUCACAGUCCAAGUCCCCAUGAGGUUUGUGUGUGAGAAGAAUUUAUACAUGCCUCUAAGUACCUUACAGCCAAUUAAUGACUUUUAAAACCUUGUUGUGAAUGCAAUCCUACACUCAGCAAAUUAAUUAUUAACUCAUUAAUUUGUUUCAGGGAGUUGGUUGAAAGAAUAUCAGGAAGGAGAUCCAGUUCAAAUGGUGGUGUGUGCUCAUUAAUAAAACUAGCCGGAUCAUGCAUAUGUAGCAGCAUCACUGGAGAACUAUAGUGUCAGUGUUUCUCAGUGAAAUUUGAUCGUUAGAAAUUCUUGUCCAGGCCCAGUCUCUCCCUGUACUCUGCUUUAGAUGCUGACUGAAAGUUAGCACUUAAAGUAAGUCCCUCUUCAAUGACAUUUCAAAACAAAAUGAAUGUUUUCAGUGAGAUAUCACUGGGUCUCUGAGAAUAUCCCAACACGAAGUUAAUGCCUCUCCUAAAGUUUCCUGCUAUAUACAAUUUACCCCGUUAAACUCUGAGAUCACAGAUGACAAUGUUGCAGGCAAUGCUGUUUUAUCACAUUGAACAACUCCUUCAACUUCAUUCACUGUCUGGAUCAAAGCUACAGCUCUGGGUACUUCCAUGGGUCCAAACUACACCAGACACUUUGUGGGAUGUUUUUAUUUUAUCACAGUCCAAGUCAUGAGGUUUGUGUGUGAGAAGAAUUUAUACAUGCCUCUAAGUACCUUACAGCCAAUUAAUGACUUUUAAAACCUUGCUGUGAAUGCAAUCCUGCACUCAGCAAAUUAAUUAUUAACUCAUCCUUGUUUAAGUCCUGCUCAGGCACUGUCCCUUAACACUUUUUCCAGUAUAUUGACAAUUGUAUUGAUGCUGCUUCCUGCAUUGAUACAGAACUAGAAAAUUUUAUUACUUUGGCACCAGUUUCCACCCUGCACUCACUUUCACAUGGUCCAUUUUCCUUUCUGCAUCUUCCUGUUUGUCUCAGUGGCGAGAUUAGUAACCAGCAUCCAUUACAAGCCAUAGACUCCCACAGCUACACUUCCUCCCACCCUGCCUCUUGUAAGGACUCCAUUCCGUUCUCUCAUCUCCAUCAUAUCUACUCUGGUGACAGCACUUCCUGCACAGGUACCUCUGAAAUGUCUUUCUUUUUCCUUAACUGUGGCUUCUUUUACCAUUGUUGAUAGGGCUCUCACUAGCACCUCUGCUCUCACACCCCUCUCUCAGACAAGAACAGAGUUCCUUUAGUCCUCACCUUCUACUCCACUAGACGCCACAUCCUUUGCAAUUUCUUCCAUUUUUAAUGAGACACGUCUUCAUGUCCCCUCCGUUUUCAGCGUUCUGAAGGGAUUGUUCCCUUUGUGGCUCCCUGGUUGCUCUGCUAUCUCUACCAACCAUUCCCACAGGAGAUGCAAUACCUUCUCAUUUAUCUUGCCCUUCCCAUCAUCCAGGGACUCAAACAGUUCUUUCAGGUGAAGGAGUGAUUCAUUUGCGUUUCCUUCAGCCUAGUGUAUUGCAUUUGGUGCUCACAGUUUGGUCCCCUCAAUGAUGGAGAAACCAAAUAGAUGGGAAUUGGGAAUGUGGGUAGGUUUACUGCUAGAGCAAAGGGACUGGGAACAGCCUAGGCAUCUGACUGGGCUGGGGAGCUGGAGCCUGCAGCAUGG